AUGGCAGUUGAUUCCGCUUCCGCCGGCGAGGCUACUCCCCCUUUUCCUUCCGCCUACUCCGCGCAACCUCCGCACCCUCACGCCCCAGCAUACCCCCCUGAUCCUCGCUUCGCCGCUCAUCCAGGAUAUCAGGCGCCCCCGCCCCCAUACGAAAGCGCAGCCGCAGCGUUUUCCCCGCCUGUCCCCCCGUAUGGUUCCGCGCCUCCCCUUCCCCCGUAUCCCCCCCCGGGCUCUGCCCCUGCGCCUUCACCUGCGCCUGCACCUGCGCCUGCUCCCCCUGUCCUGCCGCCAGGUGGCGGAGCCGCAUUGGUUGCUGCAGCUGCUGCAGUGGUAGAUGAAUACGAUCCGGCUAGACCUAAUGACUAUGAGAAGAUUCUAAGGGAGAGGAAGAGGAAGGCUGCUGAGGAGGAGAGGCGGCGGGAGAUGGAGAGGAGGAGGAGGGAGGAGGAGGAGAGGGAGAAGGAGCGGGAGGCAGUGCUGCAGCGGCAGAGAGACCUUGAGCUCGCGAUCAAGGCUGAACGAGAGAGGGCGGCAGCAGCCAAGGCAGCAGAGCAGGAGGGGGGCGCGUCAGCAUCACCAGCAGCAGGUGCAGCCUCUGCUGGCCCGGAACGCUCCCAGCUGCGCGUCAGUGGGGAGGAGGCCUGGCGCCGCAGAGCAAUGCUGAGUGGAGGGGCGGCAGGAGGGGGAGCAGGGGGCGGACUAGGAGCAGCAGCGGGAGGAGCUUCGGCAAGCCCACGAGCGGCAGAGAGAUCGCCAUCGCCUCCGAAGUCUGACGGGUUUGCAAUGCCCAAGAAUUCUGGCGACGGGUUGACAGCAGCAGAGAGGAUGAUGAUGAAGAUGGGAUGGAAGGCUGGGCAAGGGCUGGGUAAGCAGGAACAGGGUAUUACCACACCUCUCAUGGCAAAGAAGACAGACAAGCACGGAGGAGUGAUUGUCGCUGCCAAGCCGCUGAAGAAAGGGGGUGGAGGGGAGGGCGGGGAGAAUAAUGCUGCUGGUGCUGGGGGGAAGAGGGCGAAGCUGGGUGGUGUGGCACUCAAUGGGCCUCCCUCGAAGGUUGUCCUGCUAAGAAACAUGGUUGGUCCUGGAGAGGUGGAUGAAGAGCUAGAAGAGGAAGUGGCAGGUGAGUGUCUCAAAUAUGGCACUGUAACGCGGUUGUGCCGUUCCGCCAUGAUGACUCCCGACGAGAAUGUUCUAAAGUCUGUGGAGAAUAAGGAGCCAAGGAAAUCGACAGUGAAGGAUCUUGCAAAGAAGUUUGACAUCAAGCCUAAUUUAUUGGUCCAGGGAACCAAGGUCGUCUCUAGGGAUUAUGACGACGCCGACGGAAGGCUGACUAAGUCAGAAUUGGAAGAAGUGAAAACUCGUUUGGAAAAGCUUCACACUCUGCUGGAUGGAAGCCAGCGGGAUGAUGUCGGUUCAAUCUUGGAGAUUGUUGGCAGAGCUUUGCGCCGGAGGUCUAGCGAUCGCUCGGAAAACAAAUGGACGGAAAUCCCGCUCAAGUCAACAGACCUGCAAAAUCAGGGAGAUGAUGAUGCGCUUUUAUCACUGCUGGCAUCAAAAGGGGAAGAAGUUUCGCGCCUUAAGGCAGAAGUUAUGGAGCUCAAGUCUCGCAUGGUUGGCGAGCGGGGGAUUAUGAAGUACGAGAUUCAAGGAAAUGAAGAGCUGGGAAGCCUCCUUUUCGUGGUUGCAUUGUCUGAUGAGGUGGCGCACCCAUCCCAGUGCAGCAUUCGCUGGUAUCGAUCCAGCAAAGAUGGGAAGCAUACUCAGCUCAUCAUAGGCGCGGAAGGGACUAUGUAUGCAACUGAGCCUGAAGACCUGGGCUGUGUCAUUCAGGCGGCAAUAGAAUCAUCAUCAGCAUGUCAAGGAAUAAUGUUUCUGACAACAGGAGAGAUCCAACCAGGGAGCAUGUACGAGACGCUGCUUGCUCAGACUGUUCUUCUCAAUGACGUCCAAUUUUCGGUCAUCAUAUGCGACAAUGAUGGGAGCACAACUGCUAACGUGGAUCAGGCCAUGUUGCGAAUCAACAAAGCGCGAGUGAAACUGGUCACAACCUCAAACUCGUUGAUCAGGAGAGAGUCAUAUAACCAGGCCAUGCAGUUCUAUGGGCUUAGGUGGAGCACCAAUUCUUCUUCUCUUGGUGCAUGCUGGGUUCCACGUAAAGACCGUUUUGAUGCACAUCUUGUAGGAGGGGGAGCAGCCAUAGCCGCAGUUCACCCAUUGCCCUCCAAACGCCGGGCAGCUGCGUAUGCACAUCUGCAGCCCAGGUGGAGAAUGGGUAGUGGAGAAUGGGUAGUGGAGAAUGGGCAGUGGAGAAUGGGCAGUGGAGAAUGGGCAGUGGAGAAUGGGCAGUGGAGAAUGGGCAGUGGAGAAUGGGUAGUGGAGAAUGGGCAGUGGAGAAUGGGCAGUGGAGAAUGGGUAGUGGAGAAUGAGCAGUGGAGAAUGGGUAGUUGA